GAUGUGCGCGUUUGAAGUGCUUUGCUGGUGAAGACAAGGGGGAUCGAGUCUCGACCUACGGUUCCCUCUCUGCCAGUCGGAUCAAAAAAUGAAAUUCCUGAUUUGUGUGGUAGCAGUCGCCUUGGCGGUGGGAUCUGCGCACGGAGGUGCAAAGUUUGACGAGCCGUGUGCAGGCCUGGACUGUAGCGGAGGAUGUAGGUGCAAUCCAGAGAAAGGCAGCAGGGGUCGUCCUGGGCCUCUCGGUGAAGUUGGACAGAGCGGACCGGAGGGGCCCCGUGGCAGCGUGGGGCCUUCAGGGCCUAAAGGAGAGAAGGGCCACGUCGGACUGAAAGGACCAUCUGGCCCCAAAGGAGACAAAGGACCGAUGGGAGUUCCCGGGUUCCAAGGAACUGAUGGCGUACCUGGUCACCCUGGUGCGGAGGGCGGCAGAGGAUUACCAGGACUGGACGGUUGUAACGGGACCAGAGGAGAGCCAGGAGACCCUGGAUACGAGACAGGAGCGUCUGGAUACCCUGGACCUGCUGGGCCUAGUGGGCCAAAGGGUCAGAAAGGAGAGCCUCGAUACAUCUCGGAUAACGGCAUCACGAGUUAUCCAGGUGUACCAGGACCGGACGGUGCACCUGGUAUCAGAGGUCCUGAUGGUCCGUCUGGUUUUCCUGGUCCGAGAGGGCCUGAGGGAUACACUGGCCCGCCUGGUCCUCCCGGUCCCCCAGGGCUGAUGGGGAGCCGCAGUGACGGAUAUCAAGGAGAAAAAGGAGACAAGGGCGACGUGGGUCUUCCCGGACCCAGUGGUACUCCCGGCGACGGGUCGCUAAGAAGCGAACAAACUCUCACUAUCUACAAAGGAGAUAAGGGAGAACCUGGACCAAAGGGAAUCAGAGGAUUCCCUGGCAACCCUGGCCGACCUGGACCUUUCGGUUAUCGUGGUGAAUACGGAGAAAAGGGCAUUCCUGGAUACCCCGGGGCAAGAGGUCCUCCAGGUUUUAACGGCCCCCCUGGUGCUACAGGACAACAGGGAUACAGCGGUAACCCAGGUUUCCCCGGGCAACCAGGAUACAUAGGACCGAAGGGAGACCAGGGAGAGCCCGGACUGCCAGGACCUCCCGCUUACGUUAAUGGGUUGGCCACCUCUGUUCAAGGACUCCCGGGUGAUCCAGGUCUCGGCGGCUUGCCCGGUUCCCCAGGUGACCAGGGAGCUCCAGGGUUCCCAGGACCACCGGGCCCACCAGGACAACUGUUGGAUCCCACAUAUGGAGGUCGUCCAGGCUCCUCAGGUUUCCCCGGGACCCCAGGCCCAAAGGGAGAGAAGGGGAGCCAGGGCAUACCAGGCUACGGCACUGAAGGAAUCCAAGGCUCCCCAGGACUCCCCGGACCCGUCGGGCUUCCUGGACUUCCGGGCCCCUCUAGGUCGACCGAUCCCUGCGUCAUCUAUCCACCGUACCCAGUUACCCCCGGUGUCCCCACCAGCUACCCUGGACCGCCUGGGGCACCUGGCCCAAGAGGACCGCCGGGGAACACAGGAUACAAAGGCUUCAGAGGGGAUCCCGGCGACUGUGCCUGCCUGGGAGGGGGCUCCUCGGUUUUGCCCGGCCUACCCGGAGCCCCCGGAACCAACGGCAGCCCUGGCUUCCCUGGACGUAAGGGUGAGCCUGGUGAUGCCGGUUCACCCGGCUUUAAUGGCGUCCAAGGACCUCCUGGUCGAAGCGGUGAAACGGGUUUCUUUGGCCGUAAGGGAGAGAAGGGGGCACCUUACUACCCCAACCAGGGUUUGGGGGUGAAAGGAGAGCUCGGAGCUACCGGGCCCAGAGGACCUACAGGUGAAACUGGAAAACCUGGCAGAGACGGACUGCCUGGCUUCCCCGGAGCCCCCGGGCCCCCAGGUGACGCUGGCUACGGCACAGUUGGAGAGAAAGGUUUCCCAGGGUUCCCGGGGUCUAAGGGUCGUCCCGGCGGCACUGGCGAGCCCGGCAUUGGCUACGUCGGAACCCCAGGCUUUCGCGGAGAGCCUGGAGAGCCCGGUAUUCCUGGGUUGCCAGGGCAACCAGGUUUACCUGGACCGAGAGGUGAAAACAGCUGUGGAGGGGUUAAUGACGUCGGAGAGGGAACGGGCCAAGUGCUACCUUGCACCAUACCUGGUGAGGACGGAGACCCCGGUUACCCCGGUUUACCUGGACGGCCAGGCCCUAAAGGUCAGCCAGGUUUUCCAGGAGAUUCAGGACGUCCAGGGUUUGAUGGUGCCAAAGGAGAGAGAGGAGAGCCCGGUUCUGGAGGCCGACCUGGACCUCAAGGUUUCCCUGGACCCAGAGGGGAUUCUGGAGCUCCCGGUAUCCCAGGACAGGGCUUUGAUGGAGGCAGGGGGAAGGAUGGUCUUCCAGGGCGUCCUGGAGCCAAAGGCCAGCCCGGAGAGGUACUGGGAGCCACACCUGGUGCUCCAGGACAGGACGGCUUACCAGGAAUAACUGGAGACAAAGGCCAGCCAGGGACACCUGGAGGACCUGGCUCACCUGGUUUUGACGGACGCUCCGGUGUCCCCGGACUAAAGGGAGAGCGCGGCGUUGACGGUCUUCCCGGUUUCCCCGGCCUUCCUGGACUUCCAGGUGAGCCGACCGGCGGCAUUCCCGGUCGGCCCGGAGCUCCUGGCAGCAAGGGACUGAGCGGAUCACCAGGUUUCCCCGGUCGGAAGGGAGACAGAGGAGAUCCAGGAUUCCCAGGCCCUGCUGGGAUGAAGGGAACCCCAGGACAGCCCGGCACCCCUGGGUCACCAGGGGCAAGGGGACCCCCCGGACCUCCAGGACCAGGAACUAGAGAGGGGAUCCCAGGAAUACCAGGAACGAAGGGUGAAAGAGGUUUCCCAGGUCUGAUGGGUUUCCCUGGACUACCAGGGCGUCCUGGUACUCCAGGAUUUACUGGAGGAAAAGGACUGCCUGGGGGGCCUGGAAGAGACGGACUUCCCGGUGGACCCGGAUACCCCGGACUGAAAGGUGACAGAGGAUACCCCGGCCCUCCUGGCUUGCCCGCGGUUGUCAUUCCAUCGCUGUUUGUGGAGAAAGGAGACCCCGGAAACCCUGGAGGCAACGGCCUUCCUGGCUUCCCCGGACCCAGAGGUGACAAGGGUUUCCCAGGUCUGCCUGGUCGUCAGGGUCUGCCUGGACUUCCUGGUUUUGCUGAGCAGAGUAAAGGACAGCCGGGACAGCCUGGUUAUCCCGGGACGCCGGGAUCUCCGGGCUUCCCCGGACCGAAGGGAGAGGCUGGAAUCAUGGGAUUCCCCGGCAUAUCUGGAGCAGGGGGUGAUGACGGCUCACCUGGUUACCCUGGUAAUCCUGGAGAAUCCGGCCGACCUGGUUCCAAAGGUAUACCUGGAGAUAGCUUUGGUUAUCCUGGAGGCCCAGGAGCUAAAGGCCAGCAAGGAGAUUCAGGUUUCCCAGGUGGUUCGGGUAGGGACGGCGCCCGUGGUGACAACGGCUUUCCCGGAAGUCCAGGUUUCCCUGGAGGAAAGGGAGCUCCUGGUGAAGCAGGACGGCCUGGAUUAAUGGGCUCCCCUGGUUUCCCCGGUCCAAAGGGUCAGUCCGGCUUCCCAGGUAGAAGAGGAGGAGAUGGCACUCCUGGUUUCCCUGGAGGUCCUGGAGGACCUGGAGCUAAAGGUUUGCCUGGAUCUCCUGGUUUGGAUGGACUCAAUGGCCUUGGUGGACCUAAAGGUCUCCCUGGAACCCCAGGUGGAAGUAUAGGAGGUCGCCCAGGUGCCCCUGGAAUUCCAGGGUUGAAGGGAGAGAGAGGCGUCUCCUACCCAGGAUCUCCAGGCUACCCCGGACCGAAGGGAGAGAGAGGACAGUCAGGUGGUCCUGGACUCACAGGGUUCCCUGGUCUGCCCGGACCUCGUGGUGAGUCUGUGGGGUCAGAUGUUCCUGGACCUCUGGGAGACCCCGGCCUCCCUGGACUGGAUGGAGAGUAUGGUUUCCAAGGUCCUCCAGGUCCACCCGGGCCGCCCGGUCCAGGCACAGCCCAGGGAGACAGAGGUGACCCUGGGCUCCCGGGCUUCCCUGGCUCCCCUGGGAGGAAAGGAGAUUCAGGAGGCCCCGGAGGCUCGGGAAGCCCCGGCUACCCCGGUGCCAAAGGAGCACGAGGUGAGACUGGUUUCAGCGGAGGUCCUGGUCUGAAGGGUUUCUCAGGUGACCCUGGUUACUAUGGAUUCAAGGGAGCCAAGGGAUUACAAGGGCGUCCCGGUCGUAAGGGUUUCCCUGGAAUCACGCUGCCUACACUACCGGGAAACAUCACGCGAUUCUUCGGAGAAGUUGGUUUCCCCGGUGAAAACGGAGCCACUGGCGUUAUUGGAGAAUCCGGUCAGCCUGGAGGCCCAGGACGUCCAGGUGCUAAAGGUCGUCCUGGCGCUGUGGGUAAACUGGGCAGGACUGGAUCUCCUGGUCUGGUUGGAUCUGUUGGUGACUCUGGACCCCCUGGUUUCCCUGGACCUACUGGAGAGCAAGGUCUUCCCGGUACGGUCGGUCGUCCCGGCAUUCCCGGCGGCGUCGGGCGCAGUCACAGCAUCGGCUACACCCUGGUGAAGCACAGCCAGAACGCCCAGGUUCCCAUGUGUCCUCAGGGCAUGGCCAAACUGUGGGACGGAUACAGCCUGCUGUACGUGGAGGGACAGGAGAAGGCACACAACCAGGAUCUCGGUCAGCCGGGGUCAUGCCUCCCGAGGUUCAGCACCAUCCCCUUCCUCUACUGCUCCCCCAACGAGGUCUGCUACUACGCCAGCCGCAACGACAAAUCCUACUGGCUCUCCACAACCGCACCCAUACCCAUGAUGCCUGUGGCCGAGCAGCAGAUACAAUCUUAUAUCAGCAGGUGUUCGGUUUGUGAGGCUCCAUCUCAGGCCGUGGCGGUCCACAGUCAGGACAUGACCAUCCCCACCUGCCCCCCCGGCUGGAGGAGUCUCUGGAUAGGAUACUCCUUCCUGAUGCACACGGCGGCCGGCGCUGAGGGCGGCGGUCAGUCCCUGGUGUCCCCCGGCUCCUGCCUGGAGGAUUUCCGUGCGACGCCGUUCAUCGAGUGCAACGGGGCCAAGGGCUCCUGCCACUACUUUGCCAACAAGUACAGCUUCUGGCUCACCACCGUGGACCCCGGCCUGGAGUUCGUCUACUCGCCGACGCAGGAGACCCUGAAGGGAGGCCAGGAGCGCUCCAAAGUCAGCCGCUGCCAAGUCUGCAGCAAGCUCUUGUAGUAGGAGGAGGCGAAGGAUGGAGGAGCGGAGGGAUGGCGGGAGGGAAACAUCAGGAGGUGACACACUAACACUUCAGAGGGAGGUGUUGAGAGGUGUUGAUGAUGGAGGAUGAGAUGGUUUUAAAAAGCAAGAACAUGUGACUGACUGAAAAUGAGCUCCUCUCCUGCUUCACUGAUGGUUUCACAGCCGAGUCGAGCAACAUCGCCCCGUUUUCAGAGUGUUUUAUUUUUUAUCCCAUUUAGGAAUCAAUUGCUUAUCAAAAAAAAAAUAAAGAAGUGUUGGAGAUAGGAAAUGGAAAGAGAAGGGUUCUUCUCUCGAUUAUCACUGACAAUGGUGCUAUUGUUCUUUGUGUUGAUUAUUUUGUGUCUGUUUUCUCGUUACGGUUUUUGGCGAGAAUCAUUCUCGGCUACCUCGGAGAGUGCCACACCCUUGGGAUAGCACUGCCCCGCCGCGCACACGUCAGGGUGGACAUCUGCUCCAGAUAAGUCAGAUCAGAGAGUGAGGUCAGAUAUUGGUGUGACUCAAAGUUGGUUGAAUCUAAGAUCUUAACAGUGGGUGUUUAACGUUCUUUUCUGAGCUGGUUUAACUGAAGUAGAUGGUACAAACACACAAACACAUGCACACGCACACGCACACACACAUUAUUUCUUUUUUUUGUGAAAUGGCCACCGUAAAACUUUGCUUCUUUUGUAUUUACUGCCGGCUUCAACCAGUGUAACUGCAGUUAUUUUACAGAUUAUGUUAUGUUAGAAGCUGUCGCCACAGUCGUAUCCUUUGUACUGACGACUUUUGUAUGUUUUGCUUGAAUAGCAACAGUGUAUGGGUUGUCAUUCAUGUCACCAUGGGUGUGAAAAUCAAGUUGCAGAGACUCGAGACUUGCUUGAGGUAAAGAAAAGCAUUACAGUCGACAUAUACUGCACUGUAUUAUUGUCAUUUAAAGGAGCAAGUUUAGCUAUUGCUACAUUGCUAACGUUAGCAUUAACAGCUGUUUACUUACCAGUCUUACCGAGAGCUUCAGCCAUCGUUGCAUUUACCAGAGGUUCUUCAGGGCAGACCGGACGCUAUGGUGACUCGGUAUUGGAAAGUGCUCAUUGUUUUUUUUGUUUUUUUUAGGAUUAGCUGGUUAGC